AUGCUUAUUUCCACGAGCUGCAUAGUAAUACUUGUUCAUGUGCUGUUCCAAAACUUUUCUAGCAGUUUAAAUUUCAAUGGAGAAAAAAGAUUAGAAAGGCCCAUAGUGUCUGACAAUUUUAAUACUAAUGAUAAUGUGGAUUCAUGGAAUAAUUCACAUAAUGAUAAUUUCUCAAAUAACAGAAUAUCAAAUGGAUCAAAUAUUUCUUAUUUAGAAACUAAAGCUGGUAAAGAUGUUUCUGGAAAUAAUUCUGAUUCUAGUGAUUCACAUAGUGCAAGAGGUAGCAACUCAAGUAGUGAUGGAAAUAAUCAAAAAAUUGGAGGAUCUGCUGGGGAUGGCAAAAGUAAUAAUUCUCAUGGUGAAUGGAAUUUUAUGUCUACUCAUAAUAAAGAUAAUUAUUCAGAUGAUAGUACAAAAGUUCAUUCAAAUGAAUCAGGUUAUAGUUCUAUGGGCAAAAUGGGUAAAGGUUCUGAAGGAUAUUUAACAGGAUUUGAAGAUAUUGAAAGUUAUUCCUCUUUUGCUAAGGCUAAUGAUUCUGCCAAAAAUAAUUUCGACAGAGAGCUUUACGAAUUUGUUAGUCAACAUCCCAUGGACAAAAGGAUUCAAGAUGUAAAUGUACUAAAAAAUGAAUUUAUAAAAUUCAAAGAUGAAGAAAAUAAACAAUUAGACGAAGAAGAAAAGGAAAUUGAAGAAAAGAGAGAAGAAGAAAGAAAAUUGUUAGAACAAGAAAAUGAAAAUGCAAAAGAGGAAAAAGAAAACGAUACUGAAGCAGAAGGGGAAAAAAAAAAUAGUUUUCCAGAUAUAAAUGUUAAAAAUAGUUUAAUAGGAUUUUUUAAAAAUUUGAAUCCUUUUAAAAAAAAGGAAUUAAAACCAGUUAAAAAAGAGAUGCCUACAAUUAAAUAUACACCCGAAGCUUUAGUUGAUGGUGAAAAUGUUAUGAGAGCUCUUCAUAUCACACACAAACAUGAGACAUACAACCAAACCGUUUUAUAUAAUUGCCCUAAUAAUAAUUUUGUAUUUGAUACUACAGAUUCUAUAAUAUCCGAAUUACAAGGAUAUGGAAACAGAGAUUUUAUGGCAACUAAAAUUUUAGAUCAUAACAAUGAAUGCUUAAAAUCUAUGGGCAUACUUGAUUUUGAGUUACCAGAUAAUAAAACAAAAUUUGGUAAGGUAAUUGGUACCUUUGGAAAUUAUCAUAUUAAAUCUGUUGAUAUAGAAGCAGAUUUAGUGAAAUAUCAUCCAGACCUGGAUUAUGUUACAUUAGCAGAUGAUUAUAAACUACCAAAAAAUGAAACCUUAUAUUUAGAGAAUUUAAACUUUUGCUUAUUAAAUCCUAAAAAAUUAGAAAAUUUUCUUAAAAAAAGCGAUAUUCAGCCAUUAGUAGGUUCUGAUUCUACAGCAUAUGAAGAAAAUUUUACCAAAUAUAUGACGGAAUCUAUAACUUGUCAUAUAGAAUCUUUAAUAUUUGACGAUCUUGAAAUGUCUCAAGACUACAAAGUAGUACUUCAAAAUGUUAAAGCAAAAUUAUAUUUAUUACAAGACGGUUUAUCAUCUAAAAGUAAAAAAUUGGUUAACAAAAUUUUUAAAAAUAUUCAAAAUAAUUCGGAUGAAGUUUUUCAAAAAUUAAAUCUCAUUUAUGAUAAUAUUCAUAAUAUAAAAAAAGAUUAUACUUCUUUUGCUUAUAGAAAUUUAUGUGAUAAAUAUUUAUCUCAUUUCAAUAUAUUCACCAGUAUGUAUACAGUUACUAUCUUUUUAGCAGAAUAUUUUAGGUACUUUUCUUCAUGUUUUAAGAAUGUUAUCAUAUAUAAUACAAUAAUUUCAGGUAUACAUGCACAAAUGAAAAACUUAAUGAAAUUAAUACCGAGAAAUGGUAUUUUAACAGACGUUCACUUUAAAGUACUUUUAGAAAAAAAAGGAACAAAUAUUACUCAAAAGGAUUAUGUUCAAUAUGAUUAUGAUCCCACUGUCAAAUCUUUUGCUUUUACUCAGUUAGAAAGAGAACCUAUGGCUGCUGUUAUCAAUGAUUAUUUUGAAUUUAAAAAAAAAGAAUUGUCAAAAAUGGUAGCUGAAAUGAAAUUGGAUUUAUUUUCUAUUGUAAACGAGGAUAUAAAAAUACCCAAAGAUAAAGGAACUAACUCAAAAUUAGUACUCAAGUUAAUUAAAUUAUACAAACAAGAAAUCAAAAAUUUAUUCAUACAAAUGCGUAAGGACUAUGUUGAUAUUAUAAAGACCCGUUAUAAGGCACAUUACAAAAAGAACUACUUGUUAUUUAAGCGAUUGGAUUAG